AUGGAUAAUCAAGUUGCCGAGUUCGAGACCCAGGAAAAGGAGUGGGCCGUGGAUCGCAUUUUGUCCCAUAAAGGGAACAGAUCGGACACAGAGUUCGAGGUAAAGUGGAAAGCGGGCGACGUGACCUGGCUCCCAUACGACCAAGUCGAUCAUCUUGGUGCGUUGCAGGACUAUUUCGAUGUCUUAGGGAUCGAGACCAUUGCUGACCUGGUAGGUGGCAACGAGGCACCGUCUGUCGAGCACUAUCAUGUGUUUUUUGGGGCUAUGGACCUCUGGGAGGACUACAUUAAGACCCCUGCUCGACAAGACUUUUCCCCCUCCACUUCCUCACGACAAUCACCAUACUCCAUGUCCAACACGCCCAACACCAACUCCGCUCCCGCCCCGCUGCUACGACCUUUGGGCAAUGGACGUUUCGUACUCCCAGAUCGUUACAGUCCCAACGUCACCUUACUCCUAACCCUCGACCAAAUCCGCAUGUAUCUGCAGCAUGACGCUGACCUACGCGGAGGAGCAACCCCCAGCUCUAUCCCUACCCCCAUUGGAUAUGACAAAUUUGCGAUCGCCUUAAACACCAACGCGGGGAAUGGAAUCCAAGUUGCCUUCGUACCAGAAGGAGAGGCGGGUGUACACAUCACAGGCCGUCCCCCCGCGCUAGCUGAGUUGGUGGGACUUGAAGCCACCCGGCGCACCUUGCCUGCACCUCACGACCCAAGAGAAGACGCCGGCAGGAAAUGGCUUGACCCCUGCUGGACCGAGCUGAUGGACGAAGCGCUAUGGGAUAAUCUUGAGUGCAUAAAGAAACAGAGACAGUGGAGAGAGAAAGGGGUAUCCGAAAGGCAGGCUAAGCGCCAGAGGCGAGAGGUAGAGGAAGCCAUGAAACCGUUCGCACCUUCCAAGGCCGUGACCAAUGCUGUCGCGGGCCCAUCCAACACUUCCCCUCCUGCCCCUGCCUUGCCGCCUCCAGAGUUACCACCGACCCCGGAGGACCAUGAUGAAGAAAUGUCAGAGUCCAACGAGACCACUGCCGAGGCGCGCGCUGCCAAAGCCAAGGGCCGCAUCCCGAAGAAGUGA